UGCUGGAGCUUCGCAAUGAGCUCAUUCUCCCCGGAGGGAGCAGGGUUUACAGUGCAUCACCCAGCAACUGCAGCCGUCUCGUGAAAUUCAUCUCUAGCUUCUCCUCAGUUAGGCUGGUCUGAUUCUUCACUUUGGGGGUGUGUACAUGGGACCACCUUCCCGACAGAGAUCACGCUGGGGGGGCUCACGCUUGAUUCCAUGAGAUUUUGGACCUCCGGCCCCGCCGGGACUGCCCUGCUCGGGCAGAUGGUUGGGGGAGAGGAGCGGUGUUGAUCCCCAGCGCCGUCGCCUUCGGUGGGUACUGCCCCCGGCCCCCCGAGGCCUCCUCACGGUAAAUCUCCAACAGCUGGCCUGAACUGCUAAGCCUCAUUACUCGUCCUUGCACAGGGAACAGCGUUGCUCUGUUGUGGCUUUGACUCUGAGUCAUGAUGAAUAAACCAAGGCACUGAAGGUCAUCGUCCAGAAAGAUUGUUAUCCACGUUAAUAAGGCCAGGAAGAAGAUGUAGUGGGACGGAGGCGAGGACGAGAAGCCCCGAGCGAGCGCUGGGCCCCGCGGCCUCACCAUGUCCAAGAAGGGCUCCAGCAGCCGAGCCCGGGGGGAGAAGCCGGACGCCUUGGCCGCCUUGCAGGCAGCCAACGAAGAGCUCAGGGCCAAGCUCACCGACAUCCAGAUAGAGCUCCAGCAAGAAAAGAGUAAGGUUAGCAAGUUGGAAAGAGAGAAAAAUCAGGAAGUUAAGCAGAUCAAAGAGCACGAACAGCAUAAAAGUACAGUGGUGGUAACAGAGCUCAAAGUCAAACUUCAUGAAGAGAAAAUGAAGGAGCUUCAAGCUGUUCGAGAAGCACUUUUGAGACAACAUGAAGCUGAACUACUUAGAGUAAUCAAAAUUAAAGAUAAUGAAAUCCAGAGACUGCAGACCCUCCUCAAUGCUGUACGCGAUGGGGCUCCUGACAAGGUGAAAACGGUGCUGCUCACAGAGGCGAAGGAGGAGGCCAAGAAGGGGUUUGAGGUUGAGAAAAUAAAAAUGCAGCAAGAAAUUUCAGAGCUGAAGGGGGCUAAGAAACAAGUGGAAGAGGCUUUAACUAUGGUCAUCCAAGCUGACAAAAUUAAAGCAGCGGAGAUAAGGAGUGUGUAUCACCUGCAUCAAGAGGAAAUCAGCAGAAUUAAGAGGGAGUGUGAGAGAGAAAUUCGCAGACUGAUGGAGGAGAUUAAGUUUAAGGACAGAGCAGUCUACGUGCUGGAGAGAGAGUUAGGGGUUCAAGCCGGGCAUGCUCAGAGACUGCAGCUCCAAAAGGAGGCUUUAGAUGAACAACUUUCCCAGAUCAAAGAGUCUGAUCGGCAUCUGAGCAGCCCCAAGCGGGAACUUCCUUAUGCAAGUGGUGCAGGAGACGCUUCAGAUCAUUCGGGAAGCCCCGAACAGCAGUUGGAUGAAAAGGAUGCCCGGCGUUUCCAACUCAAAAUCGCGGAGCUCAGUGCCAUCAUCAGGAAGCUGGAGGACCGGAACGCGCUGCUGUCGGAGGAGAGGAACGAGCUGUUAAAACGUCUUAGAGAAGCAGAAAGUCAGUAUAAGCCCAUUUUGGACAAAAAUAAACGCCUUAGUAGGAAGAAUGAAGAAUUGUCACAUGCCUUACGUCGGAUGGAAAAUAAAUUGAAGUUUGUCACGCAAGAAAAUAUAGCAAUGAGGCAAAGAGCCGGGACCAUAAGGAGACCGAGCUCUCUAAACGACCUUGACCACAGCCAGGAAGAAAGAGAAGUUGAUUUCCUGAGGCUGCAAGUUAUUGAACAGCAAAAUAUCAUUGAUGAACUCUCCAAGACACUGGAAACUGCUGGCUAUGUGAAGAGCGUCAUGGAACGUGAUAAGCUAUUAAGGUAUAGGAAGCAACGGAAAAAAAUGACGAGAAUUCCCAAGAAGCCGGUCGUGGAGACGUUUUUCGGCUACGAUGAAGAAGCUUCCUUGGAGUCUGAUGGUUCCUCUAUCUCAUACCAAACUGACCGGACAGACCAAACCCCUUGCACUCCUGAAGAUGACUUGGAAGAGGGCAUGGCCAAGGAAGAGACAGAACUGCGGUUUCGGCAGCUGACGAUGGAGUACCAGGCUCUGCAACGAGCAUACGCCCUAUUGCAAGAACAGGUCGGAGGAACAUUGGAUGCAGAACGAGAAGUUAAGACACGUGAGCAGCUCCAAGCAGAAAUACACCGCUCCCAGGCUCGGAUUGAAGACCUGGAGAAGGCCCUGGCUGAGCAGGGGCAGGACAUGAAGUGGAUUGAGGAGAAGCAAGCAUUGUAUAGAAGAAAUCAAGAACUGGUAGAAAAGAUAAAACAAAUGGAAGCGGAGGAAGCUCGCUUGAAACACGACGUCCAGGACGUUAAGGAUCAGAACGAGCUCCUGGAGUUCAGGAUCCUGGAGCUCGAAGAGAGAGAAAGACGGUCGCCUGCCAUCAACUUCCACCACGGUCCUUUCACAGAGGGGAAAAGCCCUCUCCAAGUCUACUGCGAGGCAGAAGGUGUAACAGACAUCGUAGUAGCAGAGCUGAUGAAAAAAUUGGACAUUUUAGGGGAUAACGCCGUAAGUAAUCUGACCAAUGAAGAGCAAGUAGUUGUCAUUCAAGCAAGGACAGUCCUCACGUUGGCUGAAAAGUGGCUACAGCAGAUAGAAGUGACGGAGUCCGCGCUGCAGCAGAAGAUGCUGGACCUGGAGAACGAGAAGGAGCUGUUCAGCAAGCAGAAGGGCUACCUGGACGACGAGCUCGACUUCAGGAAGCAGUCCCUGGACCAAGCUCACAAGCAAAUUCUGGAAUUAGAAGCCAUGCUCUAUGAUGCCCUGCAGCAAGAAGCUGGAGCCAAAAUUUCCGAACUUCUUUCAGAAGAGGAGAAAGAGAAACUGAAGAGCGCCGUAGAGCAAUGGAAGCGGCAGGUCAUGAGCGAGCUCCGGGAGAGGGACGCCCAAAUCCUGCGAGAAAGGAUGGAGCUCAUCCAACACGCACAGCAGAGAAUUAAAGAGCUAGAAGAAAGAAUUGAAGGCCAAAAAAGACAAAUAAAAGAGUUAGAGGAAAAGCUUUCAUUCUUUGGUCAUAGUCCUUCAGGCCACAUGCAAAAGCCUACUGAGGAAACUACAAUUCCUUCUGCUGUUACUAACAGUGAGACAGCAUUGAUUACCAAGACAGAAAAAGAGACAUUGCCAUUUCAAACCCCCCGAGUAUCUCUCAUAUUUUGCUACUGGCGAUGGAAGAUGCAAUCCUUCUGACCCUUUCAGACUGAGGCUGAUCUGGGGUACGGGGAAAUUUCUGCACAGGUGACGUCUGCACCACUGAAAUCUCUGACUGAGCAUUUUGAAAAGCUACAACUAAGCCGGCAACGAAGAAAGCCAAAAACCCCCUCUCUCUCCUAUAGCCACAGGCUCCUUCCCGGAGCCCUGGCUCUGCUGCUUGAAAUAGCUCUCAGCUUUACGUAAGGAGCAGUAUACUAAUUCAGAUAAACUGAAUAUAUUUUGGUUCCCUGCUAAGCAGGUAGUAAAUUGCUUCUCUGUAGAAGUGACCGUGUCCUGUUUUAUAUGUCACGCAUUUAUAUUUGUUAUUCAUAGUCAUUUAAGAAUCUGUCUCGAAAGAAGAUCUUAGGAAGAGUUCCAGAGGAGUAACUCCCGAAAAGAUAAAUGUGGACGAAAACCAAGUGUUUUGUUCCAAGGUAUUUCUUCAUAACACAGGGUAUGUCCAGUGGCUUACUGAAUAUCCCACAAGCCCAGUUUUAGGGAAAAAACGUGAAGCUAUGUUCAGGAAGGAGAUCAAGUUGUAAUUUUUUCGGGAGUCUUCAGUAGACCACGGCGCACAGCACGAUGAGAAAAAUGGCACAAUAAUUUAUAAUUUGCUGUCCCUGAAUGCUGACAAAAGGCUUAACAUUGUCCCAGCAAAAGUUUUCACCUGGAAAAGAGUGAACAUAAAACAUUAUCCCCGAUCUGCACGCUCUGGGCUGGGGGAGGCGGCGAGAGGCAACAGAAGAUUUUAUCACCGUGAGGCAAGAGAGCACAGGAGGGGCCGGGAAGGAAAACGGAUCCUCUAGAAAAACAGGUGAAGGAAGGAAAAUCCGGAAGAAAUCCCAGGGUGUGAUUCAGCCCACGGGAGCUGCAGCCACGCACAGCUGGGGCUGUCGGAAGGAGCUCCCGGCCGCCGGUGCCCGGGCACGGGGUGGAGGAGCUGCCCGUCCCCUGGGAGCAAACCCAGAGCUCCUGGCAGGUACCUGCACCGCUUCCAAAACUUGUGAUGCGUUUAUAAAGCUAUGAAGAAAAUCCCUUGAUACUGAAAUUCUAAAAACACUCCGGAUGCUUCUACAUCAAUCAUCUGUUGUAAACCGGACAGCCUGAACAGCAAAGGGAGCUAAACUACGAAAAUGUAACAAAAUUAAGUGGUCAGAAAAGUGUUCUAUUUGUGCUGAAGUAAUAUGCCAUUUUAAGUCAAAGGUUAUGGAUUUUGAUAUCAGCAUAUGAUUAUAUUAUAAAAGUGUUUUAAAAAAAUUCCAAUUCUACCAGACGAAAAUACCAAUGCUGGGAUUACAUUGUUGAGCUACACUUUUACUUCUACAUUUCAUGUUUAAAACAUUUUGAGUUCUACUUAAAUACUUAAUGUCUUGAAGUAUUUUAUUUGCUUGGAAGAGCUGCGAACACGCCCUGAGGUACCUGCCUGCGGUCUAGGGUGUUCCUGAGCUCUGGCUGCAGGAACGUGGGGUGCUGGCAGCUCUGCAACUGCCUUAACGGAGAGGCCGGGGGCUGCAGCCCCCCCCGAGCUGGGGGGGGACAGGGGGGACACCCGGGGCGCUGCCGGGGCUGGGAGCGGUGGUGACAAGCGCGAGCGGGAGCGGCUCGGGGCCGUCUCAUCGCUGGUCGCUCAGGCCCUGCUUUCCACAGUGCGUGUAUGGGUCUGGAAUUUCAGUUCCAUCUUGCCAUUAAUUAGACUGUCUUUAUCAUGUGUGUGGGGGGUUGUUUAUUUAUUAAAAAGCUGACCGUACAGGACAGGCACACGUGUAAAUAAGGGAUUGUGCUUAUGUAUAUGUUAGUAUUUAUAUGUAAAAAGAUAUGUACAUAGGAAGGGAAAAAAACGGCUGAAAGAAUGUUUUCAAAGCUGUUUCUUUCUUACAAAGGCACAGAGAGGAAAUUCACAGCAACGUGCUCCUUAAUUUCGACAUAAGGGUUUUCACUCAAUUUCCAGUCACUUUGCGUUUGGUCCCGCUGGGGUUUUGCUCGCUGGGUUUGUACCACGAGCCCUCACCCGCGGCCUGCAUCUGCCCUGCAGCCCGUGCCACCCUUGCUCCGUGAGAUGAGCUGUGUCAGGUCUCGUUUGCUGUCUUCUCGCCUCGGGGCCUUGCGCAUCUUUUGCAAACACGGGCCCAAAGCCACAGGGCCGCGGCGGGGGGGGGGGGGGGGGUG